AUGAGUUUGUGGAAUGGGAAACCGACACCCACCAAAACCCGCCCCUCCCUCAACCCACUCCCGCGAGGCAGCCCCACGAUGCUGCGCGCGAGUAUUCUUGCGGCUCGACCAGCUGCGCGGCCAUUGGCACGUGCCGCCCGCCCGCAAUGGCGCACCGUCCAGCGCUUCUACGCCGACGAGAAGAGCCUGGGCGAGACGGUCAUCCCGAAUCCCGCGCCCAUCGUCACUCCCACCGGCGACGUGAACUCCGCCGCCGCAAUUCCGCCCUCGGGCAUCCCCAAGCUGCCACCUAAGCCAGAGACGGCCGCGCCCACUGCCUCCCGCGACGCCCCCGUCAUCCAGCCCGCGACCAUCCCGCCCACGGGCACCGGCUAUGCGAGCGUCGCCGCAGAACAACCCUUCAAGCCCAAGAAGCGCCGCUUCCGCCGCUUCCUCCUGUGGCUGACUAUCCUAUCUGGGCUCGGGUAUGCGGGCGGCGUGUGGUACUCGCUCGUGUCGGAUAACUUCCACGACUUCUUCACAGAGUUCGUGCCGUAUGGCGAGGAUGCCGUCAACUACUUCGAGGAGCGCGAGUUCCGCCGUCGCUUCCCUGGGCGUGCGGGCCAGCCACGGCUGCACGCACAGGUCUCGGGCGAGAACAAGGUCACAAUUCCUGGCAAUAGUGGGCUGAGUGCGCGCGUUGCACAGGAGAAUGGGACGGAUCUGGCUGCAAAGGGCCCGCAUGUUAGUGCUGUCGCGGAUAACAAGCCAAAGCCCAUGGAUAAUGGUCAGCAGCCCAAGGUCGGCUCUGAUGCCCCGCCCAAGAACGUCCAGGAGCAGAAGAAGACGGCCCUGGCGAAGAGCGAGGCCCCCGCCAAGAAGGAGGUCGUCAAGACAGAGGUCGUUGCUGCCCCUGCCAAGCCCAUCUCCCAGCUCGACCACCUCAACGUGCCCGCCGCCAGCGAGCCGGUUGUCCAGGACGUGGUCAAGAUUGUCAACGACAUCAUCACCGUCAUCAACGCCGAUGCAGCCCACGACAACAAGUACAACUCGGCCCUCGACAAGGCCAAGUCGGAGCUCAGCAAGGUCGUCUCAGACAUCAACUUGAUGAAGGCCGACCUGCAAAAGGCCGCCGACGACAAGGUCAAGGCCGCCCACGCCGAAUUCGACGAAGCCGCCAAGGAGCUCGUCCAACGUCUAGACCACCAGAUGCAGGAGCAAGAAACCCACUGGAAAGAAGACUACGAGAACGAGCGCGAACGCCUCGCCGAAACAUACAGGACGCGCGUCCAAUCCGAGCUCGACGCCGCCAACAAAGUCUACGAGCAGAAGCUCAAGAACCAGCUCCUCGAGCAGAGCAUCUCGCUGCAGAAGAACUUCACAAAGAACGUCCGCGACCGCGUCGAAUCCGAGCGCGACGGCCGUCUGGGAAAACUCAACGAGCUCUCCUCGUCGGUGCACGAACUCGAAAAACUAACCGCAGAAUGGAACUCAGUCAUCGACGCGAACCUCAAAACACAACACCUCGUCGUCGCCGUCGAGGCCGUCAAAUCCGCCCUAGACACGCAACUCACACCCAAACCCUUCGUCAGCGAACUCGCAGCCCUCAAGGAAAUCGCAGCCGAUGACCCCGUCGUCAGCGCCGCAAUCGCGAGCAUCAACCCCGCCGCCUACCAGCGCGGCAUCCCCAGCUCAGCCCUCAUCAUCGACCGCUUCCGUCGCGUCGCCGCGGAGGUGCGCAAGGCGGCUCUUCUGCCUGAAGACGCGGGUGUGGCCUCCCACCUCGCGUCUCUCGCUAUGUCGAAGGUGCUGUUCAAGAAGUCCGGAUUGGCUGUAGGCGCAGACGUCGAGGCUGUGCUGUCCCGCACGGAGGUCCUGCUCGAAGAGGGCGAUUUGGAUGCAGCGGCUAGAGAGAUGAAUGGGCUGCAGGGUUGGGCUAAGGUGCUGAGUAAGGAUUGGUUGGGCGAGUGUAGGCGUGUGCUGGAGGUUAGGCAGGCGUUGGAUGUUAUUGCUACCGAGGCGAGGCUGCAGACCCUUCUUAUUGAUUAGGGGGGGGUGUUUCUUCUUUGUUUGUAGGGUGGAUAGGGCAGGGGAGAGGGUGUAGCUUGUAUGAUGUUUGUGUCUGUGUGUGUGUGUGUGUGGCUAGAAAGGAAAGC